AUGGCUCCAGUAAAGCGCAAAGGUGCCUCCGCGGAAGAGGUCGUCACCCGUCAACCUCAAAAACGAGUACGGGUUGGAGCUGAAGAUCGCAAAAACGACCAAAAGAGACAGAGUGCUGGCUCUUCGGGAAACAGCAAGACCAAACAUGAGACCAGCGCUGCUGCGAAGGCAUCCGAGCUUACAGUUUUGCGUGACGAUGAACCAUCGUUUCCUCGGGGUGGAGGAAGCGUUUUGACGCCUCUCGAGCGCAAACAAAUUCAAAUUCAAGCAACGAAAGAUGUCCUGUUCGAGCAGAAAGGUGCUAAACGGUCUACCGGUGAUUUUGAAACUGGAGAUGAUGAUGAGGGUGAGGAUGUGCAGAUGGAAGAUGUGGGCGACAGUACGGCCAAAAAAUCCCGGAAACGAAAGAUCAAAGGCAGAAACCGUGCUGAACAGGAGGCUCAAGAUAAGCAAACGGUGCGAAUUGAAGGCCUCAAUUUCAAGCGAAUUGUGCCAGGAACGAUGGUAUUAGGUCAGGUUUCAAGUAUUAAUGCUCACGAUAUCGGCCUUUCUUUGCCCAAUAACCUCACCGGCUACGUCCCUCUGACCGCUGUCUCGAAGGUGCUGGAAGAUAAACUUGAGAGUAUAUUAAAGGAAGACGCUAGUGACGACUCUGGCUCCGACUCAGAUGAGGAAUCUUUCGACCUGAAAGAUUACUUCUAUCUGGGCCAGUAUCUGCGUGCAUAUGUUGUGUCUGUGGGGAGCAAUGCGGCAGAUGCUAGUUCCAAGAGUAAAAAGCGCAUUGAGCUUACAGUCGACCCAAGACAAGCUAACACUGGCCUUUUGAAAUCCAACCUUGUCAAUGAUGCCACCGUUCAAGCAUCAGUGGUCAGCGUUGAGGACCACGGUUUGGUCAUGGAUUUGGGAAUCGAAGGUUCCGAUGUCAAGGGAUUUAUGUCUUCGAAGGAAAUUGACCCCAAGAUCAAUUAUUCAAACAUAAAGCAAGGAUCUGUGUUUUUGUGCAUGGUCACGGGCCAAAAUGUCAAUGGCAGCGUCAUCAAAUUGUCCGCUAACCUCCAGUCUUCCGGGUCAAUAAAAAAGUCACAUUACCUCACUUCGGCGCCCACUAUUAAUGCUUUCCUUCCUGGUACUGCAGCAGAAAUUCUUUUGACUGAAGUUUCCUCGAAUGGGAUUAGUGGAAAAAUUAUGGGCAUGCUGGAUGCAACAGUGGAUCUCGUGCAGUCUGGUGGUACUUCAGGUAAAGACGACUUGACGAAGAAGUACAACAUCGGGGCUAAAAUUAAGGGACGUCUUGUCUGCACUUUUCCUGCCUCUGAACCAUACAAGGUCGGCUUCUCAAUGCUUGAUCAAGUUCUUAAAUUUUCGUCUGGCAGCAAUGGGCCAGACUCCUCCUCUGAUGCUCCUGCUAUUUCUGCAAUUGUACCUGAGGCUAAGGUUAUCAAAGUUGAUCCUGGGCUCGGUGUUUACGUACAACUCGGAUCGACUAAACACAUUGGAUUUAUUCAUGUGUCAAGGUUAGCAGACGGUCAGGUUGAAAACAUCUCGGAGGAUCACGGGCCGUUCCGAACCGAGUCUGUCCAUGAGGCACGCGUUAUAGGCUAUAGUGCACUCGACAGCUUAUACCUGUUGUCUUUUGAAAGAAAAGUAAUUGACCAGCCUUUCCUUCGUAUCGAGGAUGUGACUGUAGGCGCCGUGGUCAAAGGGAGGGUUGAAAAACUUGUGAUUGGUCCGUCAGGUGUUGAAGGUCUGAUUGUGUCUCUAGCUGACGGUAUUUCUGGACUCGUUCCAUCUAUGCACUUUGCCGACACACCUCUUCAGUUCCCCGAAAAGAAGUUCCGGGAGGGCAUGAAUGUCUCUGCUAGGAUCUUGUCAGUGAGUUUGGAAAAGCGCCAAAUACGGCUGACCCUGAAGAAGAGCCUCCUGAAUAGCGAAUCUGCAAUUUGGAAGGACUAUCAGGACAUAAAUCCGGGGACACAGUCCCCGGGAACAAUUGUGAAUAUCAAAUCAAAUGGUGCUGUGGUUCAGUUCUAUGGCUUCGUCCGUGGUUUCCUUCCGGUCUCGGAAAUGAGCGAGGCCUACAUCAAGGACCCCUCUCAGCACUUCAGACAAGGACAGGUGGUCAAUGUCCAUGCUCUAAGUGUAGAUGCUUCUCUUGGGAAACUUGUAGUGUCUUGCAAGGACCCUUCGACAUUUACUGAGACUUAUAAAAAGGCGUUUGAAAAGGUUCAUCCUGGCUUGCUUGUCACUGGUACAGUUUUUGAAAAGUCCGACGACGAUCUACUUCUCAAGCUGGACGACUUUGGUCUUGUGGCUCGAUUAAAUCUGGAGCAUAUUACUGAUGGUAGUCCUUCAAAACAAAGCUCGACUCUUUCGAAAAUCCGUGUUGGCCAGAAGCUCAAUGAGCUCCUUGUGCUCGAUAUUCAGCGAGCCCGCAGGCUCAUUAAGGUGUCUGGCAGAGCAAGCCUCAAAAAGCCUGCUAAACAAGGGCUUAUGCCAGGGAAAUUCGAAGAUGUCCAAGAAGGGACUGAAGUUUCUGGGUUUAUCAGAAACAUUACACAGGAUGGGAUCUUUGUUGAAUUCUUGGGUGGUGUCAUCGGCCUUGUUCCCAAGCGUCUUGUUGCCGAUGAAAACACAGACAAACCGGGUUUCAACAUGACGAAGUCACAAGUGGUUUCUGCUACAGUACAUUCUAUUGACGCCGAUUUCCGAAGGUUCAUCCUAAGCAUGAAACCUUCAGAGGCAACUCGUAAGGGUCCUAAGAUACCUAAAUCCCAGUCCACCACCAAGACUACCAAUUCUGAUGACACCGUUGCAAAUGCUAUCGAUGAGGGCAUCGCUUCAAUGUCAGAUUUCACUUUCGGCAGGGUUGUCAAGUGCAAAAUCGUUUCCAUUAAGUCAACUCAAGUCAACGUUCAGCUUGCGGACAACAUCCAGGGCCGUAUUGAUGUUUCUGAAGUAUUUGACAAGUGGGAGGAUAUCAAAGACCGCAAACAACCUUUGCGGUUCUUCCGACCAAAGCAGCUGAUUUUGGCGAGAAUCCUAGGUGUCCAUGAUGCCCGCAGUCAUAAAUUCCUCCCCAUAAGCCAUCGCACCGGGAAAUACCCUGUUUUUGAACUUUCCAUCAAGCCGAGCUUCGUACAGGCUGCCAAUCCUAGCCCCUUGAACCUGGAACAAGUACAAGCUGGUUCUUCGUGGUUGGGCUUUGUUAAUAACAUUUCUGAUGACUGCCUCUGGGUGAACUUGUCUCCUAACGUUCGAGGGAGAUUGCGUUUCAUGGAUGCAUCUGAUGACUUGUCCCUCCUUGCCGAUGUAGAGAAGCACUUCCCGAUUGGCUCUGCACUGAAGAUUCAUGUUACGGCGGUUGACACUGAGAAAGGUCGCCUGGAUCUCUCAGCCAGACAACGUUCCGAUAAACUUUCAUUUGCGGAUAUUUCUACAGGCAUGGUCUUACCUGGGAGAGUCACGAAAGUCACUGAGAGACAACUUGUUAUGCAGCUUAGCGAUACUAUUGUUGGCGCGGUUGACUUGGUUGACAUGGCGGACGAUUAUUCGAAGGCAAAUCCAACGAUCUACCAAAAGAACGAAGUUCUCCGCGCAUGCGUUGUUGCUGUUGAUAAAGCUAACAAGAAGAUCUCCUUGUCACUUCGGCCAUCGAAGGUUCUAAGCUCAUCGUUGCCGGUGCAGGACCCCGAAAUCUCGUCAGCAAAGCAGCUAAAGGUGAAUGAUAUUGUACGAGGAUUCGUACGGAGGGUGGCUGAUAAUGGUCUCUUUGUAACGCUGGGCCAUGGUGUCACGGCCUACGUCCGGGUCUCUGACCUUUCGGACUCCUACCUCAAGGAGUGGAAAGACUCUUUCCAGGCUGAUCAAUUGGUUAAGGGCCGAAUUUCUGUGGUUGAUGUGGAACAGGGCAAACUCCAGAUGAGCCUGAAAGAAUCCGUUUUGGAUCCAAACUACAAAGCUCCAAUCACACUUAAUGAUCUCAAACAGGGUCAAGUUGUCACCGGCAAAGUCCGCAAGGUUGAGGAAUUUGGUGCCUUCAUUGUUAUUGACGGGUCUAAGAAUAUUAGUGGACUCUGCCAUCGUAGUGAAAUGGCUGAGACCCGCGUGGAAGAUGCCAGAUCUCUCUACGAAGAAGGCGAUUCCGUCAAAGCCAAGAUUAUAAAAAUCGACCGCAACCAGGGAAAGAUCUCAUUUGGACUUAAAGCCUCUUAUUUCAAUGAUGACGAUGUCGAAAGCAACGAAGACGACGACGAUUCGGAGGGUGUCAGCGUAUAUGGGUUUAAUGGAAUCGAUGGGGAAGGAAGUGAUAGUGAAGGGGAGGGUGACGACGAUGAAGGCGAUGACAGCGACGCCUCUAUGGGAGGAGUGGAUAUCGAAGACAACAGUGAAGAUGAAUCGGAGCAGGAUAAGGAUGAGCCCAUGGCCGACGUACCCUCCAGGCGCAAGGAGGGAGGUCUUGGUGGUCUUGGUGCAAAUGCCUUUGAUUGGAGUGGUAACAUCCAGGAUGAAGAUGCUGCUGUUGCAUCAGACUCGGAUGAUGAGGACGAGUCACGCAAGAAGAGGAAGAAGCACCGCAGGCCCGAGAUCCAAGUUGAUCGGACUGGCGAGUUGGACGCUCAUGGCCCGCAAUCCGUAGCCGACUACGAAAGACUCUUACUCGGCGAGCCUGACUCUUCAACGCUUUGGCUUCAGUAUAUGGCCUUCCAGCUAGAACUGGGCGAGGUUGACAAAACAAGAGAAAUUGCUGAACGUGCCCUCCGCACCAUCGCCAUUGGGCAAGACACCGAAAAGUUGAACAUUUGGGUGGCCCUCCUUAACCUGGAGAACACUUAUGGAGACGAUGACACUCUGGACGAAGUUUUCAAGCGCGCUUGUCAGUACAACGAUCCGCAGGAGAUUUACGAGCGAAUGAUCAGCAUUUACAUCCAGUCGGGCAAAAUCGAGAAAGCGGAUGAGCUUUUCCAAACCGCUCUGAAGAAGAAAGUUUCUUCAACGCCUAAAUUCUUCCUCAACUAUGCCAGUUUCCUGUUUGAUAACAUGGCUGCUCCCGACCGUGGCCGUGCCUUGCUUCCCCGUGCCCUCCAGUCUCUGCCUUCUCAUACCCACGUAGAGACGACGUCGAAAUUUGGACAGCUGGAAUUCCGUUCGUCGAAUGGUGAUGUUGAGCGCGGACGUACUGUCUUUGAAGGCCUCCUCUCCUCGUUCCCUAAGCGGGUCGACCUCUGGAAUAUCCUCCUGGAUUUGGAGAUCAAGACCGGUGACGCGGAGCAAGUCCGACGUCUCUUCGAGCGGGUGCUUGGAAUUCGAGACACCAAAAAGGGCACUAUUUUGGUGGACGAUGACAAGAAGGUCCGGCCCAAGCAAGCCCGGUUCUUCUUCAAGAAAUGGUUGGCCUUUGAGGAGAAGCUGGCCGCUGGGGACAGUGGGAACAGCAAGAUGGUCGAGGAGAUCAAAGCGAAGGCCGCCGAGUAUGUGAAGUCCCUACAAAAGGAGUGA